CUUAGGUGGGCGUGUUCCCGCCGAGGGGCGUGGCCAUGCAGGGGGCGUGGCCUCGCGGCGGAAGCGGCGGCAGCGCGGGACGCGCGAGAAUGUCGUCGGGCCGCGCCGCAGCUCCGUCCCCUCCCCCGGGGGGGCUCCCCGGGCCGCCCCCUCCUCGCCGCCGCCGCUGCCGGGACCCCGCCCCCACCGCAGGCCCGGCCCCGCUUCCCCCCGGUGCCGGCGCCGCUCCCGGUGCCGGUGCCGGCGGCAAUGACGUGUUCGUGACGUCCCGCUCGGAUUUCCGGGCGCAGCUGCGGCGCUGCCAGCGGCUGCUCGGGGGUCCCGGUGCCGCCGGUGGCCCGGGCGAGCUGCGGCUGCACGGGCUGGGCCUGGCCGUGCCCCGCACCAUCAACCUGGCGCUGCAGCUGGCGGCGGGCGCGGGCGGCGCGCUGCGGCUGCACGCCAGCACCUCCUCCGUGCCGCUGCGGCCCCCCCGCCGCCGCCGCCAGCGCGGCGACACCGGCGACACCGACGGCGACAGCGGCGACGGCGACGGGGACAACCCCCGGCACAACUCGGCCAUCCACAUCCGCCUCUGCCGGGAGGCGCCCUGCGCAUGAGGCGGGGCUGGGGGCGCCCCCCGGGGUCCCCAAAAUGCGGGGAAGGGUCACUCGGUCUGCCGGGAUAGCCCAAAAUCCACCCCCCGCCCCCGGAGUGGCCGCUGGUUUUGGGGACACCACAGGGGCACCGGAGCGGAGUCACCGAGGACCCAGAGCCUGAGGCCACCGCGGGUGGCUUUGGGGACACCGUGGGGACACCGCGACCCGCCGCCGCCGCUCCGGGGACACGGGGCGAUGCCACCAACGGGCCGAGAGCGCCGCGGUCCGUGGCCAACGCCAUGUCCCCGAUGUCACCCGUAGCGGCCUCGGGGGCUUGGGAGGGAUGGGACACCCGAAUAAAGCCGGUGGC